AGUGAAUACAACAUUUGUCAAGUGCCUCAAUCUUUCAUCUGACUCGGGAGCAGACAUCACAUGAGAGGUACAUGUUUGUACUCACCUGGACGUCGUUUUAGGGUUUAUCUUUUCUCUGGGUUUUUUUUUUUCACGUUAAAUCAGUGAACGCGCACGAGACUCACUCACCUGUGGAUAUACAGCAGCGACGAGUUUAAGGAACAGCUUUAAACCGACACACAUGGACGUCAGGAGGUCCAGUGAUGCUGCCCGCUUCAGUCCACUCAGCUUCAGCACCAUAUAGUCACGUCAGCCAGCUGAGCAGGUACCUGAGCAGUCACAACACACCUGAGGAGGACGAUGAGACAAUGAGUAUGGAGGAGCGAGAAGCCAGAGUCCUCCAAAAGCCAGACUCUACCCUCCACCCAGAUCACCCCAUCUUCCCCGAUGAGUCCAUGUUCAGCCGACACAGAGCUCAGGAACAUGCUCACCCUCCACCCGGCCCAAGCUUUAACAUGUAUCAGCAUCCUGGCAGUCUGCCUGCAGGGUACAGCCAGCCCACGCCAUUCCCUAGCCAGGCCAAUAACUCCUGGCUCCACCCGAGCCUCGCCAGCAGCUGGUCGGGUUAUCCCAGCAGCCUCCAGUCCUGCAGCCUGAGCCAGAAAGAUUUCUCCAGCUGCUCCGGGGAGAGCUGUCUAUCUGGGUGUAAAUCUGUGUUACUCCCAAGUAGAAACAGCUCCAUUAUGAGCAGCUUAGAGCAGCCACUAUCUCUGUGCUCCAACCCGCCCUCAGCCAACCUGUACCACCACACGCUGCCACCGUACUCCUGCUCGCCACAGGGAGCUGCAUGCUGUGCUCAGUGUCCUGCAGACGAAUUCAACAGGGGGCCGAUGACCAGCAAACAACCCUGGCCUCCAUAUCAGCAGGGUAACAGUCAGCACUACCCCGGUGACUACAGACUGCCUGGAACUCGAUACACACACAUUGGUUUCAAACCUCCUGCUGCAGAGAAGCAGCCUCAGGGCAGCAUGCCACUAUCUCUGGAGCAGAGGAGGGUCUUUGUCACUUAUGAAGCUGACAAUGACAAGCACGUCAACGAGAUCAUCAACUUUGUUGCUCUGCUACGACACAACGGCUUCGAUACGCACAUUGAUCUUUUCGAGCAGCAAUUCAGGAGUAUCAGCAAGAUAGACUUCAUGGAGAGAUACCUCAGUGAGAAAGAAUACCUGAUCAUCAUCAUCAUCAGCCCAAAGUACUACGAGACGGUGACGGCCUCACCUGUCGGUGUGGAGAACGACGAGAGGACCUUCAACACCGUCUACAUCCACAAACAGCUCCAGAACGAGUUCAUCCAGAAUGGCAGCAAGAAUUUCAGGUUCAUUCCCAUCGUGUUCCCCGGGGCCAAAAAGUGUCAUGUCCCCAACUGGCUCCAGAACACACACGUGUACGCCUGGCCGCGCGAUCGAGACGACAUCCUGCGGAGACUGAUGAGGGUGGAGAAGUACAACCCUCCGCCUGUCGGGGAACUACCCACCAUCGUCUCCAUCCCCAUAUAGACCCCUGAUCUCUGAGCCCAACACACAAAGACCUGAACUGUUUGCUGCUCCUUAUCGAGGUGAACGCCUGGAGCAUGUGAAUGAUUUUUUUAUUUUCUUUUACUUCUUGAGUGUGAGUUGUGAUGUUUCAGGUGUUGUGUGAACUUGUCUCCUGAGUUGUGUUUGUUACAUAAUAUAAUGAGUUCUUUUAAAAGGCAUGUGACGCACAGAAAGAGCCGGUUUAUUAAUGAAAUGUUUAUUCUCUGCAGUUCCUCAAAGUGCAUCACACGGUAUGUUUUAACCUGCCUGCAGUCUGUUAAACCAGCUACAACACCACGAGUCACUUGAACUUGUGCUACUCACAUCACCUCUGCAGCCCAUUACAUGUUUAGCUUUUUAAAAGCACAAUAUUAAGGUCCUGCAUGUCGUAGCAAAUGAAAACUGUUUUUAUUAAGAUUCACGUGUGCAUGUGCUGUUUCAUUAAAUACUUGACAGAUGAAAUGAA